AUGGGCGGCAAGCGUGCUAGUGGCGCUGCUGCUUCAGCGUCGCGCGGCCCGCCGAAGUCGGCCGCCCGCCGCGGUGGCAGAGGCAGCGCUUGUGCAUCGGACUCGGGCUUUUGCCAUCGUCGCGAGCAGCCAGUCGACGUCGCGUCGUCGAAGCGCGGCGGGCACCCCACGGCGCCGUGGAUCGGCUGCGACAACUGCUGGGUGACCUUCGAGAGGCGCUACUGCGAGGACAACGCCUGGCCCGACAUCUGCGAGCGCAGCCGCGAGGAUCCAGACUUCAGCGCCGAGUUCGGCGCGAGGGUCACUGCAGACUUGGAGCUAGAGAGCCAAGUGGCAACGGCAGCGGAGCGUGGCAGCGUCGAGGUGGUCACGUACUACGGACAGGAGGUCAGCACUUCGAUGGUGCAGCUCACCCCGAAGCAGUGGGCUUCACAAGUGGCUCCUCGCGGGACCGUUGGCAUCACGCCCGAGAUGUGCGACCUGAUCCAGUCUCGCCCAUACGUCAGCAUCAGGAACUACACGAGGACAGAAGUGAGGAUGGCAUCCACCAGGCUGACGCCCCAGCAGGCCGUCAAGGCGGGUGCAGAGACGGACGCCGUCAAGCGGGAUGUGACGAAGCUGCGGCAGCAGCAGGCGGUCGCCGUCAGAGGGUUCGCAAAGGUCCCGACGAUCACAGAGCUGCAGAACGUGGCGCUCGCGAAGGCCUCUGCAGCAGGGAUGCUUCCCAAGGCCCCGCCGCCCAAGGCCAAGGCCGCCGUGGACGAUCCCCUCAUGGCGAUUGGGAACGGCACAUUGCAUGAGGACGUGGAGUCAGUUUUCCCAGGCGCCAGCGGUGGCCAGAGAGCUGGGGGCGCUGCGCAUUCGCCUGCGGGGGCACCCAGUGCUGGGAUGGAUUCGGGCAUCUCUGCCAGCUCCGCGGUCGCUCUACACAUCUCCAGUCAGCCCUUAGUCAAGGCGAAGUCGGGCGCGGCGGCUUCGCACCCAGGCCAGGUCACGGCGCGCUUCGACGGCUACAAGAACGACCUGGUGAUCCACGAGAUCUUGGAUGGGAGCCUCAGGGGGGACCGAUCCUACGGCUUGAAGAGGUUUAAGCCGAAGUCUCCCAGCCUUUCCGUGAUGGUGAACAAGCUCACUUCGAAAGUUGAGGCGGCGAGCGCCCUGUCCACCAACAGCAGCACCAUGCAAUGGACCCAGGUCCUCACCCACCUGAAGGAGCUCAGCCCAGACGAUGUGGAGGCCACGGCUGUCUUUCGCAAGACGCUCUUGAAGAAGUUCGUGCAGCACUCUAUCUCCGAUGACGGGGUGGUCAUUGAGACUCUGAUCCCGUGGUCUCCCCACCCUGAUGACUUCGACAUGACUGCCCCCAAGGUGUCGUCUAUGAAGGGCAUGUCUGAUAGCGAGAAGGUUGACCUAGUUCGAGAGGUGCUCUUGGAUGACAUCGUCCUUCCCCAGUUGGAGGAUCCUGCGAGGGUCACCUUCCCCCAGGCCAUUGGCAAGCUCCUCAAGGAUACGUUCCCGAAGCUCGGUGACCAGUGCCCAUCCGAGAUCGCUGAGUUCUGCAAGCACGUCCAGGCGCUUGGCAUGCUACUGUUUCACUUACCGAACAACGACCCCCUGAGCUUCGCGGAGUGUGAUCCCCACAUGGGCGUGAUGAUUGCACUCUGGACUGGCGUCACCGACGCUGCCGAGUGGCAUCCUGUGGCUGAGGUGCUGGGUGACAGCGCUCCGUGGGCAGACUACAAAUCGACCUUCAGGAGGGCAGCCUCAACAGACAUUCAGCUUGCCCCCAGGAUGAAGAAGACCAUCGAACAGCUCGAGACUACAGAGGGCAACACGCUUGAAGGCAUCGAGUUCAUGAGCACCGUUCUCGUGGAGAUCGGGUCGUGGAGAAAGGUGUGCCGCGGGUCAUCGAGAUCGACAGGCGGCGCAGGGAUCGUCAUGCAGGGCAGGCUCGAGAAGGCCACCGCAGACCUCCUGGGGAUGACCGCGGAUUCAGUGGACGUGAAGGUCGGGGAGGCGCUGGUCGAGCUGUACUCCAAGUUCGCACGCGUGAAGGGGUUCGAGCCCGACACCGCGGACGACCCGUGCGGAAGCAAGUGCGGUGAUCUCAUCAACGACGUGGACCACGCAUCGAGGUGCCGUGUCGAAGGCAGCUUCAGGAAGAUCAUCGAGAAGUACAACACUGGUGCUAACUGCCAUCAGGUGGCCACUGAGAUCAAGGCGUUCGUGGAAGAGAACAAGGGUAUGCAGAUGCCGCUGCUGGUGGACGCCGAGCACCUCGUCAAGGCCACUCUCCACGUCGCCGAUCACAUCGGCCUCCUGCUGUACGACGCGCAGCUCGACACGCUGGGAGCCGUCGGAGACCUGAUCCAGGAUGCGAUCGACAAGCACGCGCUGACCGCCACGAUGCUGUCCUGCGUCACGUCUGACCCCUCGUUCAGGCCCAGCCUGGGCGCCGUUUCAGACCGCCUCGCCGACGCGUUCUCGGUCAUCCAGGUCGCGAAGUACGCUGUGGCCUUCUACGAGGCGGGCGACGAGGACGCCGCCGAACUGCGCAGUGCUUGGGAGCGGCUGGACAGUUCCCUGGACGACGGCACCCCAUGCGCCUCGAAGCCGCACGAUGACAUCCUGCAGGAGCUUGGCUGUUCCAAGUAUGAGGGUUUCGUUGCUCGGGCCGAGAAGUGGCACCAGGUGGCCAAGGACCUCUGGUCCGAGUAUGCGCAGAGCCAGAUGGACCAGCUGCUCGGCGAAGGGCGCGUGCUCUUCGCGGUCUUGCAGAAGUUGUCGGGAGGGAUGUUGAACGGCAGCCACUUCAUGGACGGCUUCGCUGGGGAGGCGACGGACUUCGCUCAGACGAUCGGCCACUUGAAGGUGGGGCUCUUCAAGCAGACGGGGGUCUCGAACAGGCUCAAGGACGCCCACCGUGCUGUGCAGCACAAGCUCGGACACGCCGUCGAGGAGCCGAAGCGCUUGAAGGUGCCACUCGAGAAGUGGCAGGCCACUCAUGACCAGUGGCGCGAUGGCCUGGCGAAGGCCGACGUGACGUUGACGACGGCAGCCAUCGCCCAGCGCGCGAAAGAUCGCAAGACUGACGAGGUCACCAAGGCCAACCUCCAGCGCGCGCUGGACCAGAUGCAGGCCAGGAAGGUCAACAUCGAGUCGCUGCCAGCAUCCGUUUGGGAGCAGGCGCAGCAGACGCUGGCUGCUUGA